CUCUUUAUCUGUGUAGUGGAUUCCCCAUACCACUCUGCACAACCCCAAAAAAGGAGAUUUCAAUCGUUAACAAAAACAAAAACACCCAAAAUCCUUUUUCCAUUGCCUCUUGAUUUCUCCCAAAUCCUUUCUUUUUAAAGAGUCGACAGGAAAUCCCUCGUACCCACCCACCACAAAGAGGGAAUUGUCUUAGGUUUUAGCCUUUGGGGGAGGGUGUUCAUUACUUCAUUUCCAUAGCUAUCAUUAGCUUCUCCUACAAAAACACAAUUAUAUAUAGUAUAAAACGACAAACCCAAAACCCAGUUCUCUCUCGCACGCCAUGCUUUUAUGAUUCUUCCUCUUUCACCUCACAAUCUGAUCAGGUCCCUGAUUCCUAUUCAAAAUUGGGCUUCUUUUUCCAAAGGGGUAUCUUUCGUUUUAUUAGUACUAGUGCUAGUAUUGAUCUUUGAGAAACCCUUUGAAACCAGUUUCAGCAAGAACCACCACAAGCAACGAAUCAACAUGAAGGUCCACCCAAUGCCCAAGAAGCGAAACAUCACCAUCCAAUACGAUAUCAGCUCAAGAAACCCUCUCUCUGAGGCUCAGGCCCUUCUGGGUCUGAGCUCCAAGAAGCUCAGGCGCUUGCCCCACGUCUUCAGCCGGGUCCUGGAGCUUCCAUUUCGGUCCGACGCCGAUGUCUUGGUGGAGGAGAGCCCCGAUUGCUUCCGAUUCGUCGCCGAGACCGACAACGACAUCGGCGACGUGCGGGCUCACACCGUGGAAAUCCAUCCCGGCGUGACUAAGAUCGUGGUGAGGGAAAGUGGGUCGCUUCAGUUGUCCCUGGACGAGCUUGAGCUCGACAUGUGGAGGUUUCGGCUGCCCGAGUCAACUCGGCCAGAGUUGGCGAGCGCGGUCUUUGUCGAUGGAGAGCUUAUCGUGACGGUGCCAAAGGGCGUUGAGGGACUGCAGGGUGAAGAGGAAAACGGUGGUGGUAGUGGUGGAGAUGACGAGUUUUGGAGAGAUGGGAAUGGUGGGGGCUUUAGAGGAGGUAUUGGAGGUAGGCUUGUGCUUGUACAGUAAUGAAGAUUAAGCCUUUUUUUUUUAAAUUAUUGUUGCUUUUGCAUUGGGUUUGUUUAGUUUGCAAGUUUAGUGUUGAGGUUGUUGGCGAUAGUGGUGGUGGGAAUGGGACUACUUUUUGUAAGCUUCCUCUGCUGUUGAAUCAAGAAAUGUUGUUUCUGUUACCCGAUAAGUAUGGUCAUUGGUCGCAAUGGCAAUGGCAAUGGCAAUGAUCAUUGGAUCUUAUUUUCAGUUCA